AUGUCGUCUCCAGGCCGCGGUUCCGGCGGAAGAUCGAGGCGUUCGCGCGAUCGCUCGUAUGAUCGGCACAGACAUCGGUCGAAAUACGACGAUAGAGACAGAGGCAAGGAUAGGGACCGAGAUUCGCCAUAUAAUCGCAGAUCGCCACCUGAUUAUCAUGACAGAAGGAGAAACUAUCGAUUUGACUCGCCGCCAAAGCAACACGUGAAGAAGGCAUACGGAGGUGGCCCAGGAAGGUCCUCAGGCUUUAUAAAGGUCAAAACAAAUGCAAUAAAAGAUGUGUCAGAGUAUAAACAUUGCACUCAUGAGAAACUAUAUACAUGGAUAGGUGAUAUUAAGUAUGGUAAUCAGCCUCUUCAAAUAAAAAAUGAUAAUGAACGAUCAAAACCAUUAAAACAUGAACAUUACUAUCUAGAGGUGGUUACUACAUACUACCAUGGGACCUAUAAUAGUACUAAACGUCGAAUAACGGUACCUCUUAUUCUUGGAAUUAAGGAAAAAACUGUGGGAGAUUAUACUUGGUAUGAAAAUACUGGAGAUGGCAUAAAAUGGAAGAAGAUAGGUAAUACGGGUGGAUUCCCUAAUAGUGACCCAGGGCAAUGUGGAAAAGAGUUUACUAAGAAGCUAAAUGAUCUCACCUGUAAACUCCAUAAGCUUCACAUCAUUGAUAUACGAAAGACUGUAAACAAUGGUGGUAGUCCAUACAUAUGUUCUGUUUGUAAUAAGGCCAAGUUAUUGUUGACUGUGGAGAUACCUGGAUCAUCUGUUGACUGUUACAGAAAAUUUUGUCACGCUCCGGCAGAUGACGAUGGUAAAAUAACCUAUCCAGUCACUUAUGGAAAUGAUACUAUUAGAUACCGAGAACGCGAUGACAAAUUCAAAUUACUAUCUGUUAAAAAAGGUGAUACUAUCUCUGUUUACUACUGGGAGGGUGACAAUACUCAUGAUAACCCUCUUUUGAUAGAAGUUAAACCCAAUGUUGGACAGUCUACUUGGUAUGAGAAUACAGGAACAUCUGGUGGAAAGCAUGACAAGUGGAGAAAGCUGAAACAAGAUGAGACUACUAAUUUUUCCAAUUCUUACAAGCUUAAGAAAAAACUGGACCGCCUCAGUUGCACACUCAAUAAUGCUGUUAGAAUUAAUUUAGGACGAGACUCUGGUUGCCAUGAUUCUAGGGAUUCCAAGCACAAUAAUAGGAUAAGCACUCGUCAUAACGGCAUAUUUAACAAAGGACUCUCUCUUUCAGCUUAUGAAUACAAGAGUAGAGUAUCUGGUGAAAAGUUUUCCGUGGCAGAGCUGUUUAUUGGAAGUCAGAGGCAAAAGAGUAAAUCUGAAAACCUCUUUUUCAAAGAUAUCACUAAAGUCCUGUCAUAUGCUUCGUUUUGUGAUCCUACAAAUCCAUUUAUCAUACGUGUGGACAGUAGUGAUUCCAAAAGCCAGUGGUACGAAAGAAUAAGUAAUGAUACAUGGGAGAAGAAGGAUAGUGACUUGUCUAGCCAUAUCGGGGAAAUUUUCUACCGUGUUAAAGAUUCAUUCAAUAUACAAGAAUGUCCUACCUCUGCCCCUACUACACAAACUGGUGUCCAAAUAGAUAUCUCACAACAACCUAGUGAUAUUACACUUACUGGAGUAUACAAAGUUACAUCCAGCUCAGGGAUUCAUCCCAUCCUCAUUUCAAAGGAUUAUUCAGGUCUACCAAAGGGCUUCUUCAGAGUUACUCAUCAGACAAUCACAUGGAUGCCUUUUAAACUAAGUAGAAAUUUAGGUAAGGGAGGUACCAUAUUAUCAAGUGUAGGAUCUCCAGAGGUACCCAUAUCCGAUGUUAAGGAGGUCUCAGUCUAUUACUGGGAUGGCAAUCUUGAUCUACCUAUCUUACUUGAAAUUAAUAAAGAUACUGGUAUUAUAGACUACUAUUCACAUGCUACCAUUUAUAGAAAUAGAGUAUUAGGUGAUAAUUGGUCACAAAGCGGUAACAGAGGCAAAGGACUUGUGCACCUUCUUGAUGAGAAGAACGGCCAAAGGAAUAAUGCUAUUCCAAUUAACCUCAGAAACCCUGAAGACCUUUCCCAGUUUUAUAAAGACAGUAGAGUACCUCCAUAUAUAAAGAAUAUCAGAAACAUCACAAACUCUGGCUCUUCUCCACCACUUACUAUUCCAGGAGGUAACUACAUAGUUAAGGAAUACACGAUUAAUGGAGGUACUGCAAAGAUAUCCCGGGUAACCUUUGGAGGGAAAGAUACUACCGGUAUUAAUCUUACUAAGAACGAUGAGAUAUCAAAAAUAAGAAUAUAUAAAUGGAAGGAUGAUAAUGAGGAUAUACCGCUCCUAGUUGAGUUCAUUAGUGAUUCCAAUCAGCAUACGUUCUUUGAAAACCUUACUAAGGAAAGUCUUGUUUGGCAAGGAGUUGACCCUAAGGAUUCAAAAAAGUUUUACAAGACUACUCUACAGCAACCACUUACAGAUAAGCUCGAUGAUGUGAGUUGCAGAGUUCAUCGUACUGUCAGCAUAAAUGUAUCAAAGCAAGGGUAUCAAUAUUGUCACGAUAGGUGUAAGUCAAAGAGGAUAAAGGUUAAGAAGAGUGCUAGUGGUUUAUUCCCUGGAUAUAUAGGCUAUGAACAUACUGCAUUCAGAGGUCAGACUUUUACAGUAACUGCUAUAACAAAUAAUGAUCGAGAACAAAAUUCCAGCCUGAAAUCCCCUCUCAGAGAUGUAAAAAGAGUUACAGUAUAUUUUCCAGACUGUACCGGAGGAUCCCCAAUUGCAAUACGUAUUGAAUAUGAAAAUGGUAAAGUACAUGAAGAGUGGCUUAAAAAUGAAAAGGAACAAUUGGUCUCAUUUAGCUCAAGUGAUAAUAAAAAUGAUCCCGCUAUAAUUUUAGGAAAACUCAAAACUAAUAAACAAUGUCAAGGAACUCAGGGGUCACCAGGAAUUCAGAGUUUAUUAACACACUCUGAAGAAGAUUCUAGCGACUCUGAUGAAGAGGCUCAUGUUAGUGGUACAGAAAGUGGAAAUUUUACUGGGCUAUUUGACUGGUCAUUGGGUUCACUUGCUUCUAGCCUUGCUCAAGGGAUACUUACUGCACCACCUCAAGCAGUUCAUGCUAUAGUACAAACUUUAUCUGACCUAACUAAUCCUAAACAUGGACACAUCGGAGAUCCUCAAAAACCUCCUAAUGUCUCAUCUACCCAAACUGCUGAAGAAGCUAAAUAUUCUACUCUUCAAUCUCCUACUCCUCCUAGUCAACCUCCUGAACCUCCUGCUCCUACUGUUCCUGAAUCUGCUAAAUUUGUUGAUGGAGUUUCUGGUGGUGUCCUCGCUGGAUAUGUCGUCCCUUCUGUUUUUGGUGGAUCCGCUGCAACCUUUUUUGGAGGAUGGAAACUUUAUAACCGCUUUAAAGGAGACCCUUGGGUUAGACAGAUAUAG